AUGGGUGACUCCAGCUCUGAGGAGGUAAUAAACAUAAGCAGAAGGGAACACCAGGUGGCAAGAAAGCGUGUACUCGAGGACCUUUUUGAGGAGGAUGAACGUGAAAUUUCUGAGGAAAGCAUUUCCUCUAUUGAUUACGGAGACAGAGAUUCCCUGUUUUUCGAGAUUUUUGGAACGGGAGAAGAAUACAGAUAUGUUCUUGAGAGCGAUCCCCAUGAGGUAGCUGAGGAGGCUGGCCGCUGCGAUGAGCCUACACCCGAAAGUAAGACCGUGGAUUUGGAUAAGGUGUAUGAAUAUGCGGCAAAUAACAUGAGGACCAGGACGGAAUCUCUUAAGAAAAUUAUCGAAUUGGUAGGAAGGGGGUACACCAUUCAUUUUGCGUUGCUGCACAGCGGAAUUGAAGAUGUUGGUAUUGAGGAGGGAUACGAAGUUGUGGACAUUUUUGACGAGUACAGGGAAUUUGUGGAUCUAAAGGAGAAAAUGAGGAGAAGGUACGGAAAUGACAAGCUUCUCCAAGAUAUUGAAGGUAUCCAGGGCCUUAAGUGGUAUUCUGCCUAUAAAAAGCAUCUGGACAAGGAUCUCAGCCUCCCGGAUGAGCUACUCUCAGCAGAAGACUUCUGUGAGAACAUAAAAGCAAAGAAGAAAAUCCAUGAGCCCCGGAACUCCUCUUUUCUUUCAGACUUUGCUAACGAAGACAAGUUGAUUCAAAGAAUUUCUUUACAUCCUGUGUUCAGGAGUGCCUUGUACACGGUCUUCAGAAACCAUGGAAUACGGAGUGAGAAAAAUGGCCUGGAUGUUAGGGAUGAUGUCAUGAAAAGAGACCUGGUGGACUUCUAUCUAAGUGAUAUUUCAUCUGAAGACCCAUGGAAUAGAUACCGAGAAAGGAUCAUCCGCUCUUCCGCGGAAAAAGCAGCGAAGGAGGCUAUUGUCCCCCUGGUUCUUAAGGAAACGGAUCUAAGGGAAAUGAAAAGAAGAGUUUUUGUUGAGGCUGUUGAUAGAAUAGUAAACGGAUCCAUUGGAAUUAAGGGAGAUGGCACGCAUGUGUGUGGAGUCACAAGGGAGAAGAAGUAUCUCAAGGCUGUUACGGUGAACUUUGAGGGUGACCUGGUUGACUACAUAACGGUCAAGGAGGAGGAGAAAGAUGAACUCUUGAGAUUCAUUGAGAAAUUCGAUCCAUGCUGUGUAGCAGUUAGUGGAUCCACUACGUCUAUCAGGUACCUAAUGAAAGAUCUUUCUCCGUGGAAUCCCGUCUAUGUAGAAAGCAGGCUUGCACAUACAAAAGCAGAGGACACUUACUCAUUUUGCUGCAACAUAGCAAGAAUUAUUCAGUGCCCUGAAAUCGAGUACAGCGAUAUGCUAGAAAAGGGCAUCGUAUAUAUACAGCAACAAAUAUUACCUAGAAAUGUGAUGGUUGAGACAAUAAGGAAAGGAAUUCUGACAGCAAUAUCCAUAGUUGGGGUUGACGUGAACUAUCUUCUCAAUAACAGGAGAAAAGAGGGCCUAUUGUCGCUUAUCCCAACAAGUAGUUCGCUGAAAAGCAGCCUAUCUGACCUAAGAUGUGUGAUGAAGCUGGAAGAUCUCAAAGACUUGUGUGAGAGCGAGGUAGAGUACGACAAUCUCGUAACGUAUAUUAGAGUGCAUCCUAGGGUACUUUCAAGAGUCUCUGGUAGCGAGAUAUUGGAUGCCACUCCAGUUCAUCCAAAGAACUACGAUGUUGUAAGGAAAUUAUGCACAGAUUUGUGCAAUGAGGAGGGUGUUGAUGAAAAGAAUCUAGACCCCGUAAAGAAGGCGCUAAGUAACGCCAAAGAGCUACUCAAGACAUCCAGGCCUAAGAUCCUGGAAUGUGGAGAUCCUUUAACCAUCGACGUUUACAAAACCUUAGUGGAUGGUGAUAGGCCCAUAUACUCUGGGCUUCCUGACCAUCUUGUCUUCAAAGAGUUAACAGGAUGCGAUGAGAGUCUGAUCGGCAAGGUGGUAGAAGGAAGAAUAUCGAAAUGUGGAAACACAUACUAUCUCUUGGAUUCUAAUGCCACCCCUGCAGCAAUAUACAUAAGAAAGAACAGGGGACAGCAAGAGCUCUUUUUAAACCAGCUGGUUACCGUAAGAAUCGAGUAUAUGAAUGACUUUUUAUUAUCAUAUACAGCAAGCAUUGCCGUCUCUGAGCAGAAGAAGCCCAAUCAUUCUCGAUUCAUGACCCACCCCUUGUUUAAAGAUCUUAACAGUGAGCAGUCUGAAGAAUAUCUUAAAGACCACUCUUCCUCUAUACUUCUAAGAAGAAGUCGAAAAGACUGCUCUCCGGUGGUUGUUCUAAAGGUAUCGGAUGGAAUAUAUAUUCACAUGAAGAUACAAGAGGCAGAGAAAUACUACUACAAGGGCAACUCGUACGACGAUUUGGACGAGUUCAUAUCUAGGGUGGCUAAAAAGAUGCUCACGAACUUCAAAAACAUAAAGAACCACAAGUAUUACUUUGAGAAUGAGGAAAAGCUUCUGGACUAUCUUAAUCAGGGAGGGAGUUAUAUAAGAUACGGAUUUUGCCUCAGCAGGAAGUAUCCUGGAAAGCUUUGUAUGCUAUAUCGUGACGGACGUAACCAUAAAGAGUACAUUACGGUAGACGAGCACCUGGUAUACGAAGGCAGAAACUUUGCAAGCCUUGAUGAAUUUGUAAGAUACAGAAAGUCCCUGUGA